AUGUCGACACUCCAACCUCGACCUCCCUACUCGGACGAGGAGCUCAACACCCUCUAUCCUCCCGAGCUGCGCCUCCAGCUCGUCCAGAUUCUGCUUCGCCAUGGUGAGCGCACGCCGAUCAACGCCCGCUUUCACUCUACCGGCCUUCCUCCCUUCUGGCCCUAUUGCUCUGCCGCUCGCCGUCUGACGAGCGCUAUUCUUGACCCCUCCGCCGCCACUUCCGGUGCCGAGCCUGCCGACAACCCGGGCCUCACUGCUCUGGAGUGGAAGCGCCGCCUCGAGACCUUUGGACCCGAUGAUAUCCCUGUGAUAGCAUCCGGCCGCAACGGCGAGCUCGAUGCUAUCUGCGACAUGGGCAUGCUGACCGAUCGCGGACGCGAGACUACCUAUGCCCUAGGCCAGCGCCUCCGCCAUCUCUAUGUCGACCGGCUUCAUUUCCUCCCUGAUACCCUCGCUGCCGAUGCCGAUACUUCCUCUAUCUACCUCCGGACAACUCCCGUGCCUCGUGCUCUUGAAUCCCUCCAGCAAGCCUUCUAUGGCCUCUACCCACCCUCUGCCCGCGCGGCCGGCCUACAUCCCCCCACCAUCCUUACCCGAUCACCCGCCGACGAGACUCUCUUCCCUAACGAUGGCAAUUGUCGGCGUUUCGCCGCUCUGGCCCGCGCCUUUGCCAAGCGGGCAGCGGAGCGCUGGAACGACUCGGAAGAGAUGGCCUACUUGACCAAGCGCAUCGGCCGCUGGAUGCCCGAAGACUGCGUCGCUGUGGACUCUCGUCCGCGUCUCAGCGGCAUCAUGGACACCAUUAAUGCUACCAAGGCUCAUGGCCCAGCUACACGCCUGCCUGACGAAUUCUACGACCCAGAAGUCAAGCGCAUCAUUGAAAAGAUCGGCGUGGAGGAGUGGUAUGCCGGCUAUAAGGAGAGCCAGGAGUAUCGUACCUUGGGCAUCGGGGGCCUUCUUGGUGACGUUGUCGCUCGAAUGGUCGGAAGUACUGAGCACUCUGCCGCUGAUGGUCAGUAUGAGGUGGCUACGAGUAAAGCGGCUGCUUCCACCACACUCCCGCCUAUUCGUUUCGGCCUCAGUGGCUGCCAUGAUACCACCCUCGCCGCUACACUCUCUAGCUUGGGAGCCUUCAAUGAGGAGGCCUGGCCCCCAUUUACGAGCCACAUUGCCAUUGAGUUGUUCCGCCAUGUCGAUCAAGGCGCAACUCCACCGCCAGUAACCCCGAAGCCAAGCGGCGGGUUUCUAUCCCUCUUCGGCUGGGGUAGUAAACAAACCUCAAAUGCUGGCACUCCGCCACCAGGUAUCGGGCGCAAGAAGACCCCUGACUUGAGCGACGAUGAAAAGAAACGACUGGAAGGCUACUACGUCCGUCUCCGCUACAAUGAUCGCCCAGUCGCUAUCCCUGGCUGCAAACCUGCCGGCAAGCAUUUCGAUGGGGACGAGUCCUUCUGCACUUUGGAAGCCUUCAAGGCUAUUGUUGACAAGUUCACCCCUAUUGACUGGAAGAAUCAGUGUCGCUCCAAUCUUAAGGAGCCCACGUUCCCACCCAAGCCAGAGCCUGCGGGAUAUUAA